CAUGACGAGCAUCUUAAUGCAUUCACAUAUGUACAUAUACUCACCAACCAUCACGACUUUUGUUUAAGACAAAAAUGUUUACUAUCGUCACAUGUUUGUUGUGUUCUAUAUUUAUUUUAUCGAUUAUUUAAGUCCAUUCUUGAGUACACGUAGGAUUUUCAUCAGUUAUAGGUACCGUGUAAAUGUAUUUAUAUACUCAUCAUGCCGUCAGCAACUUAUACAGUGGAUCAAAACGUAUGCAAUAGAAAAAUCAAAAACAAUAAAAUACAUCAGAAACAUGAAUUCGCUGAAGAGAUUGAGUUGCCAUCAAUCAUUGUAAGCUCAUCGAUCCACUCGGGAUUAUCGAAUUCGACGUUGAAUCUGAAUAAUAGGUCCACCGUCAAACCAGAAUGUAAAUCCGUGUCCGACGUCAAAUUCGGCCUCUUGCGCAUUUUUCGAUACUCAGAUAUUUGGGAUGUGUUAUUGAUGAUCGCGGGUCUCACCAUGUCUUUAGCAACAGGAGCUAGUUUGCCUAUUUUGGCAAUGUUUUUUGGUGACAUGACAAAUACAUUUAUCAGACAAAGUACAGCGCUCAAUUCCAUCACAUCAACAACGCCAAAUUAUAGCGCUCACACGGCCGUUUCUAAUGAGACAAUCACAGAGUUUUAUUCCAUUCCACCACUCAGUCCUGAAGAGUUUAAUAGUUACAUGACGCAAUUUUCGCUGUAUUAUUUGUACAUUGGUAUUGUCGUAUUAUUAUGUGCAUACAUACAGACUUGGUGCUGGGAGAUGGCAUGUGAAAGACAAGUGUACCGACUUCGUAAUGUGUUUUUCUCGCAGAUUAUAAGACAAGACAUAUCUUGGUUUGAUACUAACCAGAGCAGCGAUCUUACGUCGAAACUGUUCGACGAUCUAGAACGAAUUCGAGAAGGGAUCAGUAGCAAGUUCAGCAUGCUCACACAGUAUGUAUCUACAUUCAUUUCUGGGCUGCUGGUUGGUUUCUACAUUAGUCCUAAACUAACAGGACUCUUACUUCUCGUUGGACCUAUAAUUAUAGGAAUCAUGGGUUUUCUGAGUUUGCAUGCAUCCAGAGCUUGUCACCGAGAACAAACAAAAUAUGCAGAGGCCGGAUCAAUUGCCGAAGAAGUGUUUACAUCUAUAAGAACUGUUGCAGCGUUUGGAUUAGAAAAACAAGGAAUCUCACGGUAUACUGCCGCGUUAAAGAAAGGACGUAAUAUUGCGACAAACAGGUAUAGAAUUUUCUCCAUAGGACUUGGUACCGUGUUUAUGAUGAUGUACAUAGGUUAUGGGGUUGCGUUUUACUAUGGAGCUAAUUUGGUUUCAAUUGGUGAAGCUACACCCGGCACAGUUUUUACCGUUUUCUUUAGCGUUAUGGCAGGAUCAUUUUCCAUUGGAAGUGCUAUACCGUAUUUAAACUCAGUUAGCACAGCAAUCGGGGUGGCGAAAAAUUUGUACGGUAUUAUCGACAGAGUUCCAAAAAUCGAUUCGUAUUCGAAAAACGGACUAAAACCCAUAAAGGUUACCGGGAAAAUUGAAAUUCGAAACGUGAAUUUCAGAUACCCGUCGAGACCAGAAGUUAAAGUACUAAAUAAUUUAAAUUUUACAAUCAAACCCGGUCAGACAGUUGCAUUAGUGGGUUCAAGCGGUGCUGGUAAAAGUACUAUUGUAGGUCUACUUUUACGAUUCUAUGACCCAGAAGCCGGACAAAUUUAUUUAGAUUCUAUAAAAUUAACCGACCUUAAUGUUCAUUGGCUACGAGAACAAAUCGGGGUUGUAUCUCAAGAACCUAUCCUUUUUGGAGUAUCAAUUGCUGAUAAUAUUCGAUACGGCCGAGAAGAUAUCACGAAUGAUGAACUCAUAGAAGCAGCUAUUCAAGCUAACGCCUAUGAUUUUAUAAAAGAAUUGCCAAACGGCUUUAACACGUAUGUCGGCGAUAGAGGUUGUCAACUAUCUGGUGGUCAAAAGCAACGGAUUUCUAUAGCAAGGGCAUUAGUUAGAAACCCAAAAAUACUUUUGUUGGAUGAAGCAACAUCAGCGUUGGACUCUCAGAGCGAAGGAAUUGUUCAAGACGCAUUGGAUCGAGUAAUGGAAGGCAGAACGACUAUUAUUGUAGCUCAUAGACUCUCAACAGUUAAGAAUGCAGAUGUCAUACAUGCAAUGAAGAAUGGUAAAAUUUACGAAUCCGGGACUCAUACUGAAUUAAUGAAUAAAAAAGGUUUGUACUAUAAUUUAGUUGUAGCUCAAAUCAAUUUAUGUGAGGAAGAUAAGGGAGAAAUAGUUUCGGGACAGGAAUAUAAGACUGAAGAUUAUGAACAUCAUGAAGAAAUAUUUGAAGAUUGUUCAAUAUGUGAAGAGGAUGAUUCAAAAAAUAUUAAAAAUAAUUCAAAAUGCUGUAUGUGGAAAUUAAUGAAAUUUAACUCACCGGAAUGGGCAUAUUUAUUGUUCGGUUGURUCGGUUGUAUGAUCAACGGUGGCUUAAUUCCAGUUUACGCAUAUUUUUAUGGCCAAGUGUUUGAGUCUUUAACACUGAAAGGUGAAGCGUUGAAAAGAGAAGCGCGGUUUUGGUCUUUUAUGUUUUUUGUACUUGGAAUAGUCGCGGGUUUGACCAUAAUAUGUCAAACGUGGCUACUAACUUUCGCUUCGGAGAAACUAAUGAUGCGCCUCCGAGCCUUGGCAUUCACCAAUAUACUCAGGCAAUCGGUCGGUUGGUUCGACAAUAAAGACUCGAGUCCAGGGUGUUUGACCACGAAAUUAGCGAGGGAUGCGCCUAUAGUAAAAGCGGCUGGUGGAAUGCGUGCCGGACAAGUGAUAUCGUCAAUUGUAACGCUAACUAUAGCUAUAAGUAUAGCGCUUUUCUAUGGAUGGAAACUAGCUAUAGURCUUAGCCUCGCUGUCCCAUUGAUAAUAGGUGCUGGAUACCAACAGCAAAUGGGUCUCAGAAAAAACCAACGGAGAGAUGCGAAAUUUAUGGACGAAGCGGGCAGAAUUGCGACUGAAAGUGUACAGAACGUGCGUACGGUGCAAUCGUUAGGAAAAGAGAAAAAGUUUGUCGAGCUGUAUCAUAAAAGCUUAAAAGUCCCAAACAAAGAAGCAAAAAAACAAGCAUACAUAUAUGCGGGCUUAUUUGCCCUGUCGCAGUCGAUCACAUACAUACUGUAUUCGGUCGCUUUUAAGUAUGGAUCGUAUUUGGUACUUCAGGGGGAAAUGACUCCGUCCGCCGUAUAUAGGGUUUUCUUUGCGCUGUCAUUCUCCGCUCAUUCGGUUGGUCAUACAAUGGCUUUCCUACAAGAUUAUGCUAAAGCGAAACAAUCCGCCUUGCUUAUAUUCCAGUUAAUUGAAAAMCCAACGGAAAUCGAUAGCCAAUCGAACGAUGGGGACAAACCGGAAAUAAUUGGUAAAAUAUCAUUUAAAGGCGUUAAUUUUUCGUAUCCGACUAGAAAGACGAAAAAAAUUCURAACAAGAUGGACUUCACCGUAGAACCGGGAAAAACAUUGGCAUUAGUCGGUGAAUCGGGUUGUGGGAAAAGUACGGUUAUUUCACUUCUCGAAAGGUUCUAUAAUCCUUCUUCUGGUGUGAUCGAAAUAGAUGGUCAUGAUAUCCGAAAAAUAAACAUCAGACAUUUGCGAAAUAACAUUGGUCUAGUUACUCAGGAACCUGUUUUGUUCGACUGUUCCAUCAGAGAAAAUAUCAGUUAUGGUGUAUCUUGUAAUGAUGUGCCAUUCGAUGCGAUAGUUGAAGCUGCGAAAAAAGCAAACGCGCACAACUUUAUAAUGAGUUUGCCACAGGGUUAUGACACGAUAGCUGGUGACAGAGGUACACAGCUAUCUGGUGGUCAAAAACAAAGGAUCGCUAUAGCCAGAGCAUUGAUAAGAAAUCCUAAAAUACUUUUGUUGGAUGAAGCUACUUCGGCAUUGGACACAGAAAGCGAAAAAAUCGUUCAAGAGGCUUUAGACGAAGCUAGAAAAGGUAGAACAUGUAUUACAAUUGCUCACCGUUUGUCGACCAUCCAAUCGGCAGAUGAUAUUGCCGUUGUUUGCCGUGGACAGAUAACCGAACUCGGUUCUCACGAAAAGUUACAAGAACUAAAAGGAUGUUACUAUGAAUUGGUAAAACGACAACAGUUGUAACCGUUAAAAUUUUGUWCCACAAGUGCAAUAUUGCGAGUACGAUCUUACAAUUGAAAAUAAUUCAAUUUGAAAUUGUUUUUGUAAAAUUGUCUAUACCCUGACAAUUAUCUUCUCAUAUGUAUAAAAUACGAAUAMUGUCAAUAUUGUAAGAAAUUAUUUACUUAACGGCUGCGGCACACCAAAUAUUAUUAUAUAAAUUWAAAAAAGUUACAUUAUUUGAAAUUUUGCCUUUUACUUGCGUUUUUGUUAUGCCACAUAAUAUAAUGUUAUAACCCACCGUACAUAGGUAUUCUUUUUAAACUAGCGAAUCGUUUAGCUUAUUUAUUGUGUGUCAUCAUAUAAGAUAAAACGUUUAUUACGCAUGAUUUUUGCAAAUUUCAAUCUGAUUUCAAAAAUAAUCCAUUACAGGUUCCGAUUAAACUGAUUGACACGUUAAAUAGUAGGCGGAUCCAUGUAACAUUUUUUUUUUGUUUUUUUGAAAUUUCAGCUUAUUGAAACUAGAAUAUAUUUUCUCAACAGAUAAAGACUUUUGAGAUUUUAUAUUUUAGUAAAAUGUUUGUUUCUUGAUGAAAAAAAAAAUGUGAUA